AUGCACACAGCGGACAUAGCUGCUUCUGUGUUGCUUUUGGGAAUUAUUGUCGUGUCGUUGCUGUCCAACGUUGUGGUGCUGAUUUGCUUUCUGUACAACCCUGAGAUCCGGAAACAGGUACCCGGACUUUUUAUUCUCAACCUGACGUUUUGCAACCUGUUGCUAAGCGUGUCAAACAUGCCUUUAACUCUGGUCGGGCUCAUCACCAAAGGCCACCCCGGAGGCAGCGGCUUCUGUCAGAUUGUGGGUUUCCUCGACACUUUUCUCACCACGAACUCCAUGCUCAGCAUGGCAGCUCUGAGCAUCGAUAGAUGGGUGGCGGUGGUGUUCCCGCUGAGCUACCACUCCAGAAUACGGCACCGGGACGCAGUGAUAGCGCUUGGAUAUACGUGGGUACACUCACUCUGUUUCUCCACGGUGGCCACCUGCAGCUCCUGGGUUGGGUACCACCAGCUUUACGCGUCGUGCACGCUUUGCAAUGUCAGAGCGAACGGCGCCGGGACGCAGUUCAUCAUUUUCACGGUGCUUUUGCACUCUCUGACUUUCCUCCUCACACUGAUCGUGUUGUGUGUGACUUAUCUUAAAGUACUGAAAGUUGCGAGGUUUCAUUGUAAACGCAUCGACGUGAUCACAAUGCAGACGCUGGUGCUGCUCGUGGAUAUUCACCCCAGUGUGCGCCAGAAAUGCCUGGAUGAGCAGAAGCGGAGGAGGCAAAGGGCCACCAAGAAGAUCAGCACGUUCAUUGGCACAUUUGUGGUUUGCUUUGCACCUUAUGUCAUCACGAGAAUUAUCGAGCUCUUCUGCCCAGGGCCCAUAAGCCCUCACUGGGGUGUGUUGUCCAAAUGUUUGGCCUACAGCAAGGCAGCAAGCGACCCGUUUGUCUACUCGCUCCUUCGUCACCAGUACAGGAAGACCUGCAGCCACCUGGCUAACAAGGUCCUGAAGAGGAGCCCGCUCAACUCGUCCUCCCGCAGGGUGGAGAACAGCACAGGCAGGAACGACAACAACUCCACCACCAUCACCACCAACAACAUCACCAACAUCCAGCCGCCUAACAACAAGCCACCCGUCCCCUGA